UCCCUGGCCGCAGUGCCCAACUGCCAGCAGUGCCCAUGGUGGCUUGGACGGGAGGAACCACCGCGGAGCCGGGGACAGGGGGAGCAGGGCAGUGCUCUGCUGGGUGAGGGGCACCCAGCUCCAGAGGCUAGGUGGGCGUCGCUGGUGGGUGGACUCCUGGGCGCUGCGCGGAGCCGCGCCAGCUGGGUUAGCGCGGGCGGGGCGCUUAGUCCCACCCCCAGAGGAGGCGGAAGAGGAGCCCGAGCCUGGCCGCGGGCUGGGCCCCGCCGCAGCCCCAGCUGGCCGGCUUGGUCCUGCGGUCCCUUCUCUGGGAGGCCCGACCCCGGCCGCGCCCAGCCCCCACCAUGCCACCCGCGGGGCUCCGCCGGGCCGCGCCGCUCACCGCAAUCGCUCUGUUGGUGCUGGGGGCUCCCCUGGCGCUGGCCGGCGAGGACUGCCUGUGGUACCUGGACCGGAAUGGCUCCUGGCAUCCGGGGUUUAACUGCGAGUUCUUCACCUUCUGCUGCGGGACCUGCUACCAUCGGUACUGCUGCAGGGACCUGACCUUGCUCAUCACCGAGAGGCAGCAGAAGCACUGCCUGGCCUUCAGUCCCAAGACCAUAGCAGGCAUCGCCUCAGCUGUGAUCCUCUUUGUUGCUGUGGUUGCCACCACCAUCUGCUGCUUCCUCUGUUCCUGUUGCUACCUGUACCGCCGGCGCCAGCGGCUCCAGAGCCCAUUUGAAGGCCAGGAGAUUCCAAUGACAGGCAUCCCAGUGCAGCCAGUAUACCCAUACCCCCAGGACCCCAAAGCUGGCCCUGCACCCCCACAGCCUGGCUUCAUGUACCCACCUACUGGUCCUGCUCCCCAAUAUCCACUCUACCCAGCUGGGCCCCCAGUCUACAACCCUGCAGCUCCUCCUCCCUAUAUGCCACCACAGCCCUCUUACCCGGGAGCCUGAGGAACCAGCCAUGUCUCUGCUGCCCCUUCAGCGAUGCCAACCUUGGGAGAUGCCCUCAUCCUGUACCUGCAUCUGGUCCUGGGGGUGGCAGGAGUCCUCCAGCCACCAGGCCCCAGACCAAGCCAAGCCCUGGGCCCUACUGGGGACAGAGCCCCAGGGAAAUGGAACAGGAGCUGAACUAGAACUAUGAGGGGUUGGGGGAGGACUUGGAAUUAUGGGCUAUUUUUACUGGGGCAAGGGAGGGAGAUGACUGCCUGGGUCACAGUGCCUGUUUUCAAAUAGUCCCUCUGCUCCCAAGAUCCCAGCCAGGAAGGCUGGGGCCCUACUGUUUGUCCCCUCUGGGCUGGGGUGGGGGGAGGAAGGAGGUUCCAUCAGCAGCUGGCAGUAGCCCUCCUCUCUGGCUGCCCCACUGGCCAGAUCUCUGGCCUGCUGGAUUAAAGCUGUAAAGACAUAACUCA